AUGUUUUGCUAUGUCGUGUUCCGCAUCAUAGCACACUAUAAACAAAACAGUGGAGGUUUCACAAACGUGAACGAUGAAAUUUUCCAACCGCUUCUUGUGUCUUGUGCUGUUCACUUGUAUUGUGGUGUCAACGACAAUUGCACAACCCUACGAUCCGAAGAAUGUGAUGGCAUUGUGCUGCUGAGUGAAGAAGCACGUAAGUUGCAAGCUUUCCUGGAUAGCUUGAGUACCAGCGCAGCUAUGUUCGGUAUGCGCUUUUCACCUUCAAAAUUGACCGUAAUCGUGAACGACAACGGACCGGGUGGAAUUCAGUACAAAUUUUGUGCGGAGUUGUUAACUCGAGCGGAAUUUCCAAUUACACAAAAGGAAUCGAAAGGUUAUCAUUUACUCAAUUUGGCCAAACCGGGUUACUCCAUCCCCGCCGUGCUCAACCAGUCCAAGCAUUGGAGAGAAGUGGACGAGCCGACCGCUUGUCUGGUCAAUGCGACACACUUGAACUCGGUGUUCUAUCUGCUCAACCCGGAACUGUUGAUUGUGGACGUGCGGGAUUCGGACCCACAUGUCUAUCAGACGGACAAAUUGAUGCGCAAAGACGCAUCCAUUAUUCGCCUUUCCCGAAACAGUUUUGCUUAUCUGUCCGAGCAACAGCAGCCACCACCACCACAGCCGUUCAGUUUACCCAGUUUGACAUGA